GAUCUUGAGAUGCACUGCAUUUUCACCAUACACUGGUCUGCUUUUCUUUUUUUGCAGGUCUUCUAAAGGAAAAAUAAGAUGAAGUUGGGAAUCUUCACCCUGUUGUUGCUCCUGCCUCUGGCCUCAUCCUAUAACAGUAAGGUGUUUUUGUUCCCUGGGGAGUCCAACUCUGCCUAUGUGCGCCUCACUCCGAAGAAACCUCUGAAUUUACAGGCCUUCACGCUCUGCAUGCGCGUCGCCACUGAACUCAACAGCCAGCGAGAGACCAUCCUGUUUGCUUAUCGCACUCAACACUAUGAUGAGCUCAACGUGUGGCAAGAAAAAGGAAGACUCUCUCUUUACCUGAGAAGCAGCGGGGAUGCUGCUAUGUUUACUCUACCACCAUUGAACGCGUUCCCCACUCACCUGUGUGUCACCUGGGACUCGAGCACUGGGGCCACUGCAUUUUGGGUGGAUGGACGCCGCAGCAUGCUGAAAAUCUACAGACGUGGCCAUCGUGUUAGUCCGGAUGGAGCUAUAAUUCUCGGACAGGAUGCGGACUCGUAUCUGGGCAGCUUUGACAUUAAGCAGAGCUUCGUGGGUGAAAUUACAGACGUACAGAUGUGGGAUAGUGUGCUGAGUGCAGGUCAGAUUAAGCAGCUGUAUGAGAAACACUGUGAUGCUCCGAGUGGGAAUGUGCUCGACUGGAAUUCUCUCGUGUACCAAAUCUCCGGGAAUGUGGUUGAGGUGUCUGAGCUAGAUGUCUAGCUACAAAAGUCACUUUGUCUGACACUUGGUUCUCAAUUUCUCUCCUUUGAUUUCAAUUUCAAAUCAAGUAUGUGAUUAUAAUUACUGACUAAUCAGUGUGUGAUUAAGGUAGAAAAUGUAUUUUUAGAAAAAUAUCCAUUUUCGGUGUGAAAGGGGAACCUCUGCAUCUCAAAUUAAAAUGCAUAUUAAUAUGGUCGGAGUUGUCACCUAGUUGUUGAUUUGUCACCACAGAAAAACAGACCAGAGGAGAUUUAAAUUGUUAUUUGUAUGAUGUUAGUUUUGAGUUUUGGCUUUCUUUCCAUGUUAAUUUUCAUGUCUAACUUUAAAUCUAUGCAUGUUAAAAAUUGUUGGAGGAAUUCUUUGAAUAAA